AUGGAGUCCGCAAUCUCAGAACACCUGACCCUUAAAUGUGGGCUGCAAAUGAAGAAUCGUCUGGUGAAGGCUGCAAUGGCAGAACAUAUGUCUGAUAGCGAUAACUUGCCCACUGAGCUUCAUAAUCGCGCUUAUGCCGAGUGGGGACGCGGCGGCUGGGGUAUGCUUUUGACAGGAAAUGUCCAAGUUGAUAGAAUGUACCUUGGAGAUGCGCGUGACGUUGCACCAAACCCGGCUAUCGAGCCAGAGUUGAUCCGCAGAUGAAGCGAGUGGUCCGCUGCUUGUACCAGGCACGGCACGCCAACAGUCAUGCAAAUCUGUCAUCCUGGAAGGCAAUCUCCCAUGGGUGCUGGCUCAAGGUGCCUCACAGCCAAAAAUGUAGCGCCCAGCCCCAUUCCUUUGAGUUUUGGUUCAAGGAUCAUAGAUAGGUUCGCGAGCUCGGUGAUUUUUGGUACCCCGAGGGAAAUGACCCAGAAGGAUAUCGAUCAUGUGGUUGACCAGUUCGUUUAUACGAGUCGUUUGGCUUCACAAACGGGAUUCCAGGGGGUGGAAUUACAUGCAGCACAUGGAUACCUUUUGUCGCAGUUUCUUUCGCCCACGGCGAACCUACGGACUGAUCAGUACGGCGGUUCGCCGGCUGGUCGUGUUAAGAUUAUUGUCGACAUCAUCCAUGCGAUUCGCAAAGCGGUCCCAGCUACGUUCUGCGUGGGCAUAAAAUUAAAUUCGGUCGACCAUCAAUCCGAAAGCGCAUUGAAGGCCUGUGUUGAACAGCUCAAGCUGAUCGUUGAGGCGGGAGUGGACUUUGUUGAGAUCAGUGGUGGGUCGUACGAGGAUCCCCAGAUGAUGAGUUCUUCCGCAUCAAAUAAACAGCCCGAGAAGUCCGCUCGGACGGUGGCUCGGGAGGCAUUCUUUCUGGAGUUCGCCAGUGCUAUCCGAGCGCAAUUUCCAGGGACUCCAUUGAUGGUGACGGGCGGCUUCCGUACUCGAACCGGUAUGGAGAAAGCACUGAUUGAUAAGGAUUGCGACAUGAUAGGGAUUGGACGUCCGGCAGUUCUUAAACCCACGUUACCAAAUGACAUCCUCUUGAACCCAGAUGUCCCGGCAGAGAGCGCCCGGCUUGUCACGCAACAGAUAAAUCAGCCUUGGAUCCUCAAGAUGUUGAGCAACAGAUCGGUUGGAGCCGGCCUUGAGAGUACAUGGUAUAGUAGCCAGAUAGAAAGACUCGGUCGCGGGCUUGCCCACACGACUGCGUGA